AUGGCCGGCUACAUCACGAGGCGACCUUUCUCAGCCUCACCGCGACUCUGCCGGAGAAUACCGCAAACAGGUGAGAACGCCUCUCUUUCUCUCUCUCUCUCUAUCUCUCUCGUGAAUGGCAGGCAUUGGUGAACCUGAAUACUCUGGAUUUUGGCGUCGCAGAGAAUGAAAUCGUCAAGAUGUUCAAGCUUCCAAGCGUUUCUGAUGGCGGCGGUGACAGGUGGGGGGAUCCGGUGCGUCAAGAUCCCCGGCGGCCGCCGAGGAGCCGCCGAGCCACUUCCGCUAGGGCUCUUGACGAGAGAUUCCUGAGGAUCCUGAAGAUAUUCCGAUGGGGUCCCGAUGCGGAGAAGGCAUUGGAGGUGAUGCUGCUGCGAGUGGACCACCGCCUGGUCCUGGAGAUCCUCACGGCCGACGUUGAGAUCUCUACGAAGCUUCACUUCUUCCGCUGGGCGGGGAAGCGGAAGAACUUCCAACACGACGCCAGUACGUACAUGGCCUUGAUCCGAUGCCUCGACGAAGCGAGGCUGGCGGGGGAGAUGUGGAAUGCGAUCCAGGACAUGGUGAGGAGCCCCUGCGCGAUCGGCCCGGCCGAGUUAUCAGAGAUCGUGAGGAUUCUCGGUGGAGCAAAAAUGGUGGACAAGGCCUGCACGAUCUUCUACCAGAUCAAAACGCGCAAAUGCAGGGCCACGGCAAUGGCCUACAACGCCAUGAUCGGCGUCCUGAUGCAGGAGGGGCACCUCGAGAAGGUGCAUGAGAUCUACAACGAGAUGUGCGACGAAGGCGGCGGCUGCUUGCCCGACACAGUGACUUACGAAUCCCUGAUCGCCGCCUUCUGCAAGCUAGGUCGCGGGGAUUCCGCCGUAAGAUUGUUCGAGGAGAUGAAGGAGAAUCACCUGCAACCUACGCCGAAGAUCUACAACACUCUAAUGAGCAUGUUCUUCAAAUCCGGGCAGGUCGACAGAGCUCUGGAUAUCUUCCAUCAGAUGAGGGAUACCUGCUGCGUUCCGAAUGUCUUCACCUACACAGAACUAAUCAAGGGCCUGGGAGGAGCAGGAAGAACAGAUGAUGCUUACAAAGUAUUUGCAGAUAUGCGUCGGAGGGGCUGCAACCCAGACACGGUCCUCAUCAACAAUCUCAUCAACAUCAUGAGUAAGGCUGGCCGACUGGAGGACGCCCUCAAGCUCUUCGACGAAAUGAAAGCCCUGCACUGUCCCCCAAAUGUGGUGACCUACAACACCAUAAUCAAGUCUCUCUUCGAUUCAAAAUCCGACGCAGCCGAAGCUUCCCACUGGUUCGAGAAAAUGAAGGAGAACGGCAUCCUCCCCAGCGCCUUCACCUACUCCAUUCUCAUCGAUGGUUUGUGCAAGACAAACAGAGUGGAAUACGCGCUGCGACUGCUCGAGGAAAUGGACGAGAGAGGAUUCCCGCCGUGCCCGGCGGCGUACUGCAGUUUGAUCAACGCUCUCGGGAAGGCCAAGCGAUACGAGGCGGCGGGGGAGUUGUUCCAAGAGCUGAGAGAGAACUGCGGCUUGUCGAGCUCUCGAGUCUACGCCGUGAUGAUCAAACACCUCGGCAAGUGCGGCCGUUUGGACGACGCAUUAGAUCUCUUCAGCGAAAUGAAGAAGCUCGGCUGCACUCCCGAUGUGUUCGCCUACAAUGCCCUGAUGGCUGGAAUGGUCAGGGCAGGGCUGAUCGACGAAGCUUACUCUGUUCUCAGAUCGAUGCAAGAACACGGCUGUGCUCCUGAUCUAAACUCUCACAACAUAAUUCUGAAUGGCCUGGGGAAGAUCGGCGGCCCCAAGCCUGCAAUGGAGAUGCUCUCAAGAAUGAAGACAUCCGAGGUCAAACCUGAUGCCGUCUCCUACAACACGGUUCUGGGUUCACUCAGCCGAGCUGGUAUGCUCGAGGAGGCAGCUAGGUUGAUGAAGAAGAUGAGGUUAAACGGGUUCGACUACGAUCUGAUAACCUAUUCGUCGAUCCUCGAGGCAGUGGGGAAAGUCGACGAUGAAUCCUUCAGCUCGAUCACAUAA